AUGGAGAAGCCAGAGGGGUUUGAUGAAUUGGUGGCAAACAUAGACAAGUCACACAAGGAGCCAGGCAACAGUUCUAUUCAAGAACUCGUCCUCAAACAAGCCGUAACCUAUCUUCUCAGAAACAAGAACAGGCAACACUGGUUCUGUGACGAAUACAUGUAUCCGAUAACCGUGCACUCGCUAGUGUUGUUCUCGUUUCCUAAUAAUCCUACUCUUUGCCAAUUGCAACCCUACAUCGCCAACAGCUUGAGCCAGUGCCGUGAGUGUAUGAAACUGUAUAACCGUGGCAAAGCUGAUCUCCGUCUCAACUUUGCCAUUAACAAAGGCGUCAAACUAGAUAAGGUCAAUCAGUUCUUGAACACAAUCAUCCAAUGGGAAGUCACAGUAGUUGGAAAGAAGUUGGAAGACAUGGAAAACACAAUGUCUGACAUCUCAACAGGAUACGAUGUCAAUACCCUCUAUUGGUGUUUGUACAACCCCAACAUCCUCAGGUUUGAUCUGGAGUUACGCCAAAAAUUUGACAGAAUCGUACGAUACUUGCAUACUCAGAAACUGCUACCACUUCCGGAUGAGCUACUCCCUGGGACAAUCUACAUGGCCUUUGAAGGAAGUUUGGAAGAAAAGUACUGGGUAGAACAAUGGUUGAACAAGCUCCAUCACGACAAUUUCCGAUUCACCAAAGCAACAUUACAGGAACCGGUAGUUUACGAAUUCAGCAUCCAUUUGUACCAAAUUCAAAAUGCCAAGUUUUACAAUGACAGAAACGCCAUCAAGUUUUGGAACAACUUUUACCGAUUUGUGGACUUUAUCGAUGAUGAACUGUUUAUCUUGAGAUUCAACACCCCCAGGGAUAUCCGUGUCAUGAGUGAAUUUACCGAGCUACGUCUAUAUCCUGUCAUCCGUCUUCUUAUGAAUUGUCUUUUGUCAUACUUGAAAGAACCAUUGCCAGUCCUUCUCAAAUGUUUCAACAAAUUAUUAUCCCGACUUUUAACCAAAUUUUGGACUUCAGCCAUGCCAAUUCAAAGCAUCCAAGUGCUCGAUGCAAUCUUAUCCAAUCCUGAAUUCACAAAGCAACUACAAACAGCAUCAAUAGUAGAAUCUGACGUAAGUGAUUACAACUUGUCUGAAAUAAGUUCGUGGAUGUUCAGUAUCCUUCCCUCGUUGGGUCAAUUGCCUCGUCAAUCUACAUGCAUACGAAUGGGGACGUUCUUGUUGAACCAAUCUAUAUCCGACGUUGGUUCAAAGGAUAUUCGAAUGAGAAAAGUCAUGGCGUUGCGCCAAUUAGGGUGUCGGAUUUUCUACCUGGAACUACAAACGCUAGACAGCGAGUUCCGAGAACAGAACUUUUCAUUGAGAUUGAUGACAGUGAGAGAUGUUAGAAAUGCCGUGGAUAAUCAAGCGGAUAUAAUUGUUGAUUUAGCUUUAGACUCGGAAGACCUGACCUUAGCAGUCAAGUUGGUGGUUAGAUGCAUGCAAUAUGACCUUUCCAUAUUGGCUCAUAACACGUGUAUGUUUGCUCAAGGUGUUGUACCUACAAUAUUCGACACAUUUCCUAUCCUUUGGGAUUCACUCACUAAACGGAAGAUCUACUCAAACACAUUGCUAGUACAUGAACUUAUCAAGGUAUUGACCAUUGGCAUAAACUGUACUCUAUUCGCACCUACCAAAAACCCCGACCCAAACAAACAAUUGGCCGAUUGCAAAACUCAACACAAUGACAACAUGAAGAAGAUGACCAAGCUCGUCAAUCAGCUCUUGGAGAAAUUGUCACUCGCGGACCCAUCCACCCUCAAACAGUUGAUUAAUGAACCAGAAUGUCUGAUUGCCAUAUGGAGUUGUGUAUUCAAUCCGCAGUUGAGUCAACUGGCAUUGGAUCUUUUGAAUGAAGCAUUUGACGCUGGUGGGCGACUUGAGACUAUUCAAGUUAUAUUGUCAAAGGAUUUAAAGGUGACCCUCCAUGCCAUAACUACUAAUUUGAACGUUUUGACGCAAAUGGGGUUAUAUGAGCCGAGUCCCAAGGCUAUUCGUAUUUUGAUGGAUGUGAUUAACGCAUUAGCUGACCCGUUGAAUCCAAUCCUUGCGUCGGCGCCAAAAGAUUGUGUAGAUGAAGUACUUCAAUUCUGGAAACUGAUUUGGCAAUUCUUGAUCAUGGUGUAUAAGCGAACAUUCAUCUGGGCUAACCAGUUCCAUUUGGAUGAAUUAGUGGAGUUUACCAGAGAUACCCUCGACCUCAGUCAUUUAAUUUUGGCAUCUUAUCGUAUACUAUUGGACAAUGUCAAGAGUGAAACUGUUGAUGUUUCGCACACGUUAUUUAUUGAUUUCAUGAAUGCAUUUGAUUCGGUUAUACCGUGGUUACGACUUGGUGAUUUGUCAUUGUUGAACUCGUGUGUUUCCCUCGUAUUUAAAGGGUUUGAAUUGGCCAGUGAACGGAAUUUCCCCAUUGAUGCCGGGUUUAUUGAAACAUUUGCUAAAUUUGGUGCCAAGGCCAAGAAGUUCAACAAUAAGUUAUCUGAAGUACAGCGUCAGCAAAUAUUAUCCAAAGCCAGGGAAUUCAAUCCUGAAAUCGUUGAUAGAGUGGUUGAUGAAGCGACAAAGCAUCGUGCCAAACGAAACAUUGAAAUUAUCGAUGUUCUGGAACCGUCAAGUUCUCCGGAACCCGCAGCAUACAGGUACCAAUCGCGCUCAGUCACUCCUAAGCAACAGACGUUAUCUCGAUUCGGAGUCGUUACUCAAGAAGCACCUAUUGCACCACCGCCAUCUAAAGACUACAAGCCAUCCAAUCUUGAGGCUAUUCGAAAAGAAUUAAAGAGUGCCAGAGCGUCACCACUCCCCAAGAGUGAUGUUGCCCCGGCCCCACCACGUCCAGCUGGGUUCAACCUGAAGAAAGUGCCACCAGUGGUCGGCCGUUCCCUUAAUGCAUUAAAGAAGAAGAAGCACGAUUCAGACUCGUCCGAUGAUGAACUUGAGACAGAUGUUUCCGAUUUGUUUAUCGAUAAAGUCAAGAAGAAACCCAAGAUUGUGGAAGUGGAUAUGAACUUGAACCCUGUGCAUCGCUCAUUAGGAAAGAAGAUGGUUGAUCCUGUCAAGCUCGAACAGGAACGAAUGAGAUUAAGGUUGAAUGUCAAUUUGAAACCAUUGUAUAAUACGAUUUUACGUUGGAGAUACAAUACUAACAGUGAUUACCCUAGUGAAGACAAGUCAAGUUACACCCAGGUCAAAGACACCUACGAUAAUGUAAAGGAUUACGUGUCUACUACGGAACCAUUGCUCAUGUUAGAAUGUUGGCAGGGGAUCCAGCAGGCGAAAGCCACCGGGGUUGAAGAACCAUUUGAGAUGUUGAUUGGGACAAGAACCAGUGUUGAUGGGUUCUUCGAUGUGUUUGCCUCUGUGGAGAAGAAGACCAUCCAGGAUCGAAAGAUUGGGGAUUCAGAUUUGCUUGUACUUGGAAUUCACGAUGGUGUUACAAAAUCACCCCGGGAAAUAAUGAACCAUUUGAAAUCAGAAUCAGCCACUACUUGUUUGGCCAAGGUUAGGGAAAUCAAGUAUAACAAUACCGAUUAUUGUGAUAUUACAUUUAGGGUGUAUCCUAGUGGAUCCAUGGUGGGGGUUUUGCUACCAAAGUCUAUCAUUGUCGGUAUGAGAGUCAUGCAGAUGAUAACAGUAGAGAGAGAAUUUUCCUCAUUGCGAGGUUUACAAUAUUAUGAUUUACUCUUCCCAAUUUUGCAAGCUAGACCCAACGACCCUAUUCCUAUACAUGACUCUGCUACCGAAGAUAUGUGUAAGAAGUUCAAUUUGAACGUCUCUCAAGCCAAGGCUAUUCUAGGCACACAUCAGAGUGAAGGAUUCUCACUUAUUCAAGGUCCACCAGGUACUGGUAAAACUAAAACUAUUUUGGGUAUCGUGGGUUAUUCCCUCUCACAAAAAGAUGAGAAAAUUCUCGACAUUCCGGGACACACACCUACUACUGACCCAGCCAAAAUUUUGAUUUGUGCGCCAAGUAAUGCUGCUGUUGAUGAAUUGGUGCUUAGAUUGCGUGAUGGGGUCAAGAAUUCCCUGGGGGAAACCAUGAAUUUGAAAGUUGUGAGAUUGGGUAGAAGUGACGCUAUCAAUGCUUCAGUUCGUGAUUUGACGUUGGAAGAGUUGGUAGAUAAAGAGUUACAAACAAAGGCUGUGGAUGUGAAUAUCGAUCCUACCAUUAGGCAACAGCAUCUGAAAUGUAUUGAAGAAAGAGACGCGCUACGUGCUAGACUAGUCAAUGAAAGUUUGAGCGAGAAGGAAAUGACUGACUUGGAAGAUAGGUUGCGUACCGUCAACAAGAAAAGAAGUGAAUUGGCAAAACGGUUAGAUGAACAGAGAGAACGGGCCUCGAUCGCGUACCGUACCAAGGAAAUUGAACGUCGUAACGCACAAGCGAGAAUCUUAUCCCAAGCCCAAGUCAUUUGUUCAACCUUAUCUGGAUCAGCUCAUGAUUUCUUGGCUAGUCUUUCGCUUAAAUUUGAUAAAGUCAUUGUUGAUGAAGCAUGUCAGUGUGUGGAAUUGUCAGCUAUUAUUCCAUUACGGUAUGGAUGCAGGACGUGUAUUAUGGUUGGUGAUCCGAACCAAUUACCACCUACGGUGUUAUCUCAAGCAGCUGCCAGUUAUAACUACGAACAGAGUUUGUUUGUCCGUAUGCAAAAGAAUCAUCCAGACUCGGUUUACUUGUUAGACGUGCAAUACAGAAUGCACCCACAAAUUUCGCAAUUCCCCAGCGCAGAAUUCUACAAUUCUAAAUUGAAAGAUGGUGAAGGAAUGUUGGAAAAGAACGACCGUCCAUGGCAUAAAGAUCCACCAUUGACGCCAUAUCGAUUCUUUGAUAUUGUCAGUAAACACGAGCGAGAUGACCAAUCACGAUCAUUAUUCAAUGUUGAAGAAGCAAGAGUUGCACUAGAGCUUGUCCAGAAGUUAAUGACGAUCUUACCCCAGGAUAAAUUCCGGGGCCGAAUUGGGAUCAUUUCGCCAUAUAAGGAACAAAUCAGGAGUAUCAAGAACGAGUUCAUACGAAGGUACGGUAGGGCUAUUCAGGAUGAUAUUGAUUUCAAUACCGUGGAUGGGUUCCAAGGUCAGGAGAAGGAAAUCAUUAUCAUGUCAUGUGUAAGAGCAAGUCCUAGUGGUAACGUCGGGUUCUUGAGUGAUGUCCGUCGUAUGAAUGUGGCGCUUACCCGUGCCAGGACCACCCUUUGGAUUUUAGGUAAUAAGGACUCUUUGUCAAGAAACAACGUAUGGAGAAGAUUAUUAGAGGAUGCUUCCAAUAGAGACUGUAUUUCCAAGGCGUAUCCUGGGUUCUUGAACAUGUCGGGUGUUAAAAGACAGCAUAUUGAACCUGGUAAUUCCAUCCAUGACAAUGGAUCUGAUUCUAUUCAACCAAAGAAAAAGAAAAAGAAUAAACAUAAACAAACCCCACCUCCGCCUCCGCCUCCUUCAGUUCCGAAAAUACCUGAGGUAAGCACUGUCCAUGCUAUACGAAGUGGAAUUUUUGAUGGUCCGAAAGUACCUAAACAUGUGAAAACUUCUAAAACGGAUUUAAUCGCGGCCGCUCAUAAAAUUAAUACUGAAAAGGCUCACAAAACUAAUACACCUACUCCUACACAAUCUAGCUAUUUGAAAAAGACUAAUCCAAAUGGUUUACCAGCUAUUCCAACAAACUCAGGAUUUAUUAAUAGAGGACCCUCAGCUGAUACAAAACCUACAUCUUCGGGAACGAUAAAGCCACCACCCAAGAAAACAAACAGUGGUAUUUUCAUACAACGGAAGAAACCACCUCAUAAACGAGCAUAA